AUGCGGGUGCGCUCCCAGCCGGACAUCAAGAAUUCCGCCCGCGCCUUGCUCCCAGCUUUUCUGCGUUCCGCAAUCAGUAGUAACAUCAGCCACGAGGAGCUCGGAGGAUUCUGGGAAACGUUUCUGUUGUGUUUGUGGGCUUUCUGCGAGCCUGAUUUGUGGGAACCUUCACCCCCGGUUCUGUGCCGGCAGACACGCAGUUCUCACAGGUGUGGAAAAUUCCGUGUGCUUUUGCGACCAGUGUGCGGCGAGCUAGUUUGCCUCCGCUCGGCCGCCGUCCGCCAGCGCUCAGCAAAUUUUGUCCUCCGGCCGCCGCCGUUCGCGUUACUCAUCGUUCCGAGUUGCGAGGGGGAGACGCCUCUUUCGGGGAAGCCGGCUGGUGUGGCCGGCACCAUGGAGUCGCCUUUUAGUCCUGUUCUUCCUCGUGGGCCAGAUGAAGACUGGGAGUCUUCGUUGUUUGCCGAGCUUGGCUAUUUCACAGACACUGAUGAGGUGCAGUUCGAUGCAGCAAAUGAGACUUAUGAAAAUAAUUUUGAUCAUCUUAAUUUUGAUUUGGAUUUGAUGCCUUGGGAGUCAGACAUUUGGAGCUCCAACAGCCACUGUUGCUCAGUUACAGACAUUAAGGCAGAACCCCAGCCUCUUUCUCCGGCUUCCUCAAGUUGUUCAGUCUUAUCUCCUCGGUCCAUAGACUCUUGUUCUUCAACUCAGCACGUUCCUGAGGAGUUGGAUUUGUCUUCUAAUUCCCAGUCUCCCCUUUCCUUAUAUGGUGAAAGCUGUAAUAGCCCUUCCUCAGUGGAGCCACUGAAGGAAGACAAGCCUGUCAUUGGUCCUGGAAACAAAACUGAACAUGGGCUAACUCCAAAGAAAAAAGUUCAGAUGAGUUCAAAACCUUCAGUUCAGCCCAAGCCUUUAUUACUUCCAGCAGCACCCAAGACGCAAACAAAUGCCAGUGUUCCAGCAAAAACCAUCAUCAUUCAGGCGCUCCCAGCCCUGCUGCCACUGGCGAAGCAGCAAUCCAUUAUCAGUAUACAGCCUGCACCCACUAAAGGUCAGACUGUUUUGCUCUCUCAGCCUACUGUGGUUCAACUUCAGGCCCCUGGAGUUCUGCCUUCUGCUCAGCCAGUUCUUGCUGUCACUGGCGGAGCCACACAGCUACCUAACCAUGUGGUGAAUGUGGUGCCAGCUCCUGUGGUGAACAGCCCAGGGAAUGGAAAGCUUUCCGUGCCUAACCCUGCCCUACAAGGUGCCACAAGAAGCAUGGGCUCAGAUAUUGCUGUGCUGAGGAGACAGCAGCGCAUGAUAAAGAACCGAGAGUCUGCCUGUCAAUCACGCAAGAAGAAGAAGGAAUAUAUGCUAGGACUGGAGGCCAGGUUGAAGGCUGCCCUCUUGGAGAACGAGCAGCUGAAGAAGGAGAAUGGCUCUCUGAAGCGACAGCUGGAUGAGGUGGUGUCAGAGAACCAGAGGCUUAAAGUCCCGAGUCCAAAGCGAAGAGCUAUCUGUGUGAUGAUAGUAUUAGCAUUUGUAGUGCUGAACUAUGGGCCCAUGAGCAUGCUAGAGCAAGAUUCCAGGAGAGUGAAACCCAGUGUAAAUCCAGCAAGUCAAAGGAGGCAUCUUUUGGAAUUUUCGACUAAAGAAGUUCAAGACACAUCAGAUGCUAUCAACCAGAAAAACAGCUACAGAUAUGAUCAUUCUGUUUCCAACGACAAAGCCUUAAUGGUGCUAAGUGAGGAACCGUUGCUUUACAUUCCUCCACCUCCAUGUCAGCCCCUGAUCAAUACGACAGAGUCUCUCAGAUUGAAUCAUGAACUUCGAGGCUGGGUUCAUAGACAUGAAGUGGAAAGGACCAAAUCAAGAAGAAUGACAAACAACCAACAGAAAACCCGUAUUCUUCAGGGUGCUCUGGAACAGGGCUCAAGUUCUCAGCUGAUGGCUGUCCAGUACACAGAAACCACCAGCAUCAGGAAUUCUGGGAAUGAGCUGCAAGUGUAUUACGCUUCACCAGGAAGUUACCAAGGCUUCUUUGAAGCCAUCCGCAGGAGGGGAGACACGUUUUAUGUUGUGUCAUUUCGAAGGGAUCAUCUGCUAUUACCAGCUACUACUCAUAACAAGACCACAAGGCCAAAAAUGUCAAUUGUAUUACCAGCAAUAAACAUAAAUGAUAACGUGAUCAAUGGGCAGGAUUACGAGGUGAUGAUGCAGAUUGACUGUCAGGUGAUGGACACCAGGAUCCUCCACAUCAAAAGCUCCUCAGUUCCUCCUUAUCUGCGAGAUCAUCAGAGGAACCAAACCAACACCUUCUUUGGUUCCCCUCCAGCAGCCACAGAGACGACACAUGUUGUGAGCACCAUCCCUGAGUCCUUGCAGUAGGACCCUGAGCUGCACUGGAAAGAAAAUGUGGGCCUUACCUCGCUGAAGAACCGGUGAGCAGUGCUGUUCGCUGCCUCUGUAGCAAGCGGAGAACUGCCUCACACUCAACUCAAGGGAAAGACAAGAAGCCACUCUGCUCUUCACCAUCUCUCCACGGCGUGGAACAUUGGGAGAGAGGUUCUCUCAUGGCCGUGCAGCUCGUGUAGGCAGUGCUGCCUGGUGCUGCCUGGUGUUGGUUGUUCUGUUAUAUCUUUCUUCACUGCUUUUCUGCUGUGUAUAUUUUGUUCAUAGGCAUCUUCCUUCAGAUAAGACCCACUUCCUCGUUUGUCCACUACACUUCCUGGCCUAGUAAAGCAAUUUUUAUUUAAAGCUUUAGAACACAUGCUCAUGUGGUUUCCACCAGUUGGCUUUCUCUCUCCUUUGAUUCAAAUCUAUUCUGAAUAUUAUAUUUAAGAAAACACAUUUCACAAAUCUGAACAGCCAGAAGCAUCCUCACAGUCAAAACAGUUUGGAGUUUGGGUGAAGAGAUUAUCCCCAGUUGGUAAAGUUUAUUUUUACUUCUGACUUGUGGUUCAGCCCUGAACAAAUAUAACUGCUGUGGGGUCAGAGAGUGAGCCACACACUGGAAAGGGAAGGCCAGUGGUGGAAUGCCGGGAGAGGAGGAAUCUCCCUUUACACAUGUGUUUACACCUUGGGAGUUCAUAUGGCUUCUGUGUAAAUUUAGAGCUACUGUUCACUCUUGGAACUCUGCUAAUCACUGCAGAUCCUUAAGGACCUCAGGACAAAUGCUUCCCUGUCAUUGUGAAUCCUCAGCCCAGGGCACACUCCUGUGAAACCAGACUCAGCAAAGGAACUUGGAAGUGACCAGAUUUAAGCCAAACUAGAGUGUCCCCUUUAGGGCUGACAAUGCACAGAACAAGCAUGGGUUUUCACUGAGAGGCUGCACCGCAUUAUGGCAAAAACUUUCAGUUUCUGCAAUGGAAAGUUGCUAAAGAAAUUAUCUCUUUUUGUAGUUCCAUAGUAGGGCUAAAAAAAUUUAAUUAAUUAAUUGAAAAAGCUAUGGCUGGGCACAUGCCCUUAUUCCUAGCACCUCUUGGAAGACAGGGUAGGCUUGUUUUAGAUUAGCCUGUUCUACAUAUCAGCAUAUUGAGUUCCAGGAUGGGACAGGCAAAGCUAUAUAAGGAAACCACCUCAAAAAAUAAAUAAGUAAAAUAAAAACAAACAAAAAGCAAAAGUUAUGUCUACAUAUAUUUUAUUGUAUUUUGCCUGCUUCUUUCACCAUAGCAAGCAGCUAAAUUUAUGUUGCACUGUGCAUUGUACAUGGGUAAAGUCACUGAAAUGGCUGUUGGGACUCAUGUCAUUCCCCACGCACUGCCUUCCUUCCUAAAACUCCAGAAGGUUUUGAUGGGCUCUCCCUAGCUGGCUUGCCUUUCUCAGGUGAUCCCGUUCUGCAAGUCCUCUUCUCCUUCUUCAAGUAAAAGAGAGACAUCUCUCGAGGGUUGCACACAGUCAGGUCAUUUUCUGUCUGUGGCCCUACUAUGCCUGUCUCCUCGCCAACAACUGUUUGCUGAACAUUGCUGCUGUCUCCCAAGCUAGUUAGAUGCUUCUGGGGAAGCGCGUCUGUAUUACCCGGGAAUGCGGAGUUGCCAUAGUGCAAACUGCUGAAAUUCAGUGCCACAGUUCAUCCAAAUUGGCUCUUGGGUGGUUUCGGAGAAGACCUGUUUGCCUAGGGAUCAGUCUUCUAAUGGGUGUCAAGGAGAAGGUAGUAAACGCGUGAAGUACCUUUAUGAGUAGCCAUUUGUGGGGGAGGUGGGCUACCCUGUGACCCUGUCCUCUCCGCCUGUGAAGUAGCUCAACUGCAGGGUGUGGCCGUGGCUAGAGGCCGUGGCAGCCGCUCAUUCCUGUGCUCCUCUGCUGGAAGACAGGAGUGAUGUCUGAAGGGACUCUACAUGCCUCUCGCUCUCACCGCACCACCUAAGAAGCCGUCCCAAGGCCUCUUGUCUUCUGCAUCAUGGCUCUGUUGUGUUCAUCCUACCUGUUCCUCAGACCGAAGCCCUAAGUCAUGCCACCGCUGCUAAGGCCGAUCCUCUCCUACAUGUAACAGUGGAGGUGAUGAAGGGGAGGCGCAGCCAAAGAGCAGGGAGAAGUUAAGGUGACCACAGCACAAGUGGGUGAAGGAGCCAAGGAGCUGCGAAGGGCCAUUCGAAAGUAGUCUGGAGGCUUGUUUUCUCUGCCUGCACUGUCGCUUCAGGUCUUGUUAUUGCCAUUCUUAAGUCCAUCUUACGAGAUGAGGAAUGGGUCAUCCUCACGGUAGAGUUUCAGGAAACAAGGGGAAGAGAGUGGACAGAUAUAAAGAAGUUUCCCCCUGUUUAAGUUGGUAAAAGAGCUAUGAUCCCUGGGCACAGUAGUUUUUAUCGUAAUGUUUGCCUGCUAGCACAGGGCCCGUUGGAAAGGGAAAGCUGCAGUGCUGGAGCAAAUUAAAAAGACAUUCAGGUUUUGUGUUUUUUAUUUGAGAUUGCCCUUUUGGGGGUGGUAGCCUGGAAAUGUAUAUGCAUGUACAUAUAACAUAUAUAUUUUUUUAAUUUAUUAAGUCUUGAAGUAUGAUUUUCCAAGAUUAUUUUAAAAAUUUAAAUAAAUGUGAGCUAAAGAAAUGGCCCUGCAGUCAACAGUACUUACUGCUCUUCCAGAAGAACCAGUUUCAGUUCCCAGCUCACAAUCAUAUGUAAUUUUAGUUCCAAGUGAUCCUCUGCCUUUUCCAGGCCUCUUCAGGUACCAGACACACGUGGUGCACAUAUGUAUAGGCAAAACCCUAAUACACACAUAAAAAAAAAAAAAAAAAAAAAACAAAUCUGUAAUUCCAAGAGGCAGUCACUUCACGUGAUACUAGGUGAUCUUGUGCCCUGGGCUGAUGCUACUGUAACGUUGGGAGGCAUUGGUGGAGACUGACAGUGUGGCCUUUCGUGUGUUUGCAAGUCUUUAAAUUCAGGGGAAGGAGCUAGAUGCUUGCUCCUGUUUUCCCGAGUCAGAACUGCUUCUCUCUGUGCUUGGCUCUCAAGACAGCUUCCUUAGAAUGUAAUGUAAAUCUGCUCCCAAGUUAGGAGGUGAUGAGAAGGGAUGUUUGUGAGACAAAUGUCAGCAGCACAAAGCUGGCCCCAUUUUGCCUUUCUUGCUAGCAAGAAGUAGAUGCUGGGCUGAAAGCAACAUUACAUGAGUCAUUCCUAAGUUUUCCCAAUAACUGUUACUUAAAAACAAAAGAAGCAGGUUUUCUCUCAUGUUUAAAAAACUCUGUCGUGGCUCAAUUUUGUUGGCCCUAAUCUCCAUGCUGGGCGAACAUUCCCCAGUAAUUAGAGGAGCAAGAUGCUGUUAGUCAUGGCUGCUGUGACGAGAACAUUUGACCUGGGAGCACUCCCACAGUUUCACAACUGUAAGACUGUGUUUUGGUCUUGCCGUUUCACUAUGAAACAUGACAGAAAUGUACCACAAGAACAAAACUGGACUCGUGUUUGACUUCCUCCCACAUCGAAAACUUGCAGUCCAGCUUCUGCUUUCAUAGCGCAUUAGAAGCAGCCUCUUGUACUUCCUUAACCUGGAGAGCCAGAGUCUGACCCCGUGGCUCCCCUCUCCAUGAACUCAUGGAAGUGCCUACCUGGGACAGCCUGAGGGGCCGAUGCUUCAGAAGAACAGGCCUAAACUUCCAAGUGAGACGUUCUCACACUGUAGCAUCGGUGCAUAUUGGCCAGACUUGAUCACAGUUUAUUGCUGCCUACAGACGCCCAUAGCCCCAUAUUCUCCACCCGCAAGUCCUUUCAUCAGUUGUUGAAAGAAUCAUUUUCACUUACAUAAGCAGUGAUUUCUUUGCUGCUAGUAUGAACACCAGUCAUAUUUUUAACCAAAAGAACAAAAGUAAAGCCUAGAAGGAAGAUGAUGUCUUGAAGACAUUGUCAUUCCCACCCUAAUAACACUUGGAGGGAGACAUUUCUCCCCAGUGCCCACUAUUGGAAUUGUGGGUGAUUUUUAAGUAACUACCGGACUACCUAGGAAGAUAUUACCAGAGUCCAAGAGGAACUAUGCACAUAUAGAAGAAAUACAGUUUUCUCCUGCCUAAGGAAAUUCUCUUAGUAUUCUGUUAGCUUAUAUUUUUAAUAACUAACCUUAAAACAGUUUAUUUUGAAUAUUACUAGAACUUUAAGCAAUUCUAAUAUCUGUUAGGUACAUAUAGAAUUUAUGAGAAAAAAACAAUGUAAGUCUGUGUGAUUAGGAAAUUUAUUGAGUCAUAUCAUGGCUAGCUAAUAUCACAAAAUGACCCUCGUGUUUGGCUAACUUUAAGCAUUACAGAUUAGUGCAUGAAAAGACUUAAUUAUAUUGGGCUUAAGAACUAAGGAGUCAAUAGGUUAUUUGUGAAAGUCAACAAAUACCACACUGGUGUACUUUUUGCCCUCCGUCAAGCUGGUGACUAUAUGUCUUCCCCAGUAUGCUAAUCCCAGACUGAAUCAGCAGAUUGAAUUCACGAGUAUGUAAAGACUGAACUAUCAUAAUUCAUUGUGUGCUCUAGUUUCUGGGCAAUUGUCAGGAUCCUGGGAAUGAUGAAAGCUACAAAACUCUUACUUGUCUUUGAGAUUCUAGUUUGUUUUUUUUGUUUUGUUUUUCCUUCAUCGUGAUAAUAAGGUUCAGCGAAGGCCAGUCAUAUAGUAUCCAUGCUCAUUUAAGAGUGUGUGGAAGAUGGACUGGGUGUUAGCUCAAGUGGAAGAGUGCUUGCUUAGGAUGCCGAAGCUGUGGGCUCGCUCCUUCACUACAUAAACCAGGAUGGUGGAGUGUGCUUAGAAUCCUAGCACUUGGGAGGCAGAGGUGGAAAGAUCAGGAGUUCAGCGUCAACCGGGGCUGCAUGAGACCUGUUUCACCAUGUGUGGAAGAAAUGCAGAAAAGAUGUAUUGUUCUCCCCCUUAAUAAUUAUGUCCGUUUACAAUAAAUAAUGGCAACAGACUAUUUCAUACUUUCAAACAAGUCUUUAUAAUGCAAUACCUGUUCUUUCUCUAAAAUACAAAUAAAGAGUUUUAAAACUUG